GAGUGAUGGGAUUUAUAUAUUUGAAAAAGGAGCAUCGAUAAUCAAUUAUGGGCCCAAGUUCAAACACGCACAUCCCGUGUGUGUAACCGGGAGCGUGACAUGCCCCGCUGGCAGUCUUCGCAGCGGCCUAUGUACGUCCGCACGGUCUGGGUCGACGGUUUCCGACACGCGAUUCUCACCCCUGACGACCCUUACUACACCAAAGUCAAGAGGCGACCACACUCAUCCGCCAGCACGAAAUACUCAAGGAAUUCUAGACUGACUGUCAGAGACGAAGGAGAGAGGAAACUGAGCCUUGUCAUCAGAAGCGAUAAGUCGAAAAUCGUAAGCAAGCAACGCCCGAAAAGCCACGAACCGAUAGAGCUGCUGAACUUGGAAGCUUUAGAACUAGAAUCGGAAGACGAAUUUUUGAUAAAAGCGAAUCCGCAACCGAUCUACGAGUACGACACCGGCCGCUCCAACUACGAUUUGUCUGCAAACAUGAGGGCUUUUAAAAGCAAUAGAACAGCUAGAAACGAGUGCAAGGAAAACACAGAUCUAUCCGACAGAGUCUUACAAUGGCUAGAUCUAGCCGGCAAGAUAGAUUUGCUGGCUCCAAACGCGGAACGCAUGGCGCAACCGCGACACAGCUGGCCAGAAAUACAGAAGCGCAACUGUUUAACCAAAUCCAAAACAACCGUAGACAUAAGGAUUAAAGAAGAGGUUAAAACGCCGAAGGAUUCGGCGAGGACUCAAGGUAUCGAUCGCGAUUACCAAGUCCCGCCGUCGGCGGCCACCAUCGAAACGUACGCGCGACUGUCACGGCACAAAAACACGCCACGCGAUGCAAAAAAGGACAAAACGAAAAGAGACAUACGGGCCAAUGUCCUGGAGACACGGCAGAAGGUAGUGACGGAGAGGAACGCGGUGGAAAAACAGUACGCGGAGUUAGUUAGCAAGAAAUUGAUACCGGAUUUGGGUAAAGGGAAAAAGCAGGUGCAUAUUUUUAUGCCGGAAAUGAUUAAGAAGAAUUGUAAUAGUAGGACGGAGAGUCUUCUGUCUCAGGUGUCGUGAUUUGAAUAAAUUAUAAAAUUGA